GUCCCCCCGGAGGACAUGAGCAAGGAUCAGCUGGAGGAGCACAUUGUGCGUCUUCGGGAGGAGUUGGACCGCGAACGGGAGGAGCGCAACUACUUCCAGCUGGAGCGUGACAAGAUCCACACCUUCUGGGAGAUCACCCGUCGGCAGCUGGAUGAGAAGAAGGCGGAGCUGCGCAACAAGGACCGUGAGAUGGAAGAGGCCGAGGAGCGGCAUCAAGUGGAGAUUAAAGUUUACAAGCAGAAGGUGAAGCAUCUGUUGUACGAGCACCAGAACAACAUCACAGAACUGAAGGCAGAGGGCACUGUGUCCAUGAAGCUGGCCCAGAAGGAGCACCGCACCCAGGAGACGGAGCUGCGCAAGGAUAUGCGCACCUUGAAAGUGGAGCUAAAGGAGCAGGAGCUGGCCAACGAGGUGGUGGUGAAAAACCUGCGCAUGAAACAAGAGGAGGAGAUCACACGGCUGCGCAGCGACUUUGAGAGACAAGUGAAAGAGAUUGAGGCCAAGUACGACAAGAAGAUGCGCGUGCUGCGGGACGAGCUGGAUCUGCGGAGGAAAACGGAGAUUCAUGAGAUCGAGGAGAGGAAAAAUGGACAGAUCAACACGCUGAUGAAGAACCACGAGAAGGCCUUCAGUGACAUCAAGAACUACUACAACGACGUCACCCUCAACAACCUGGCACUCAUCAACACUCUCAAGGAGCAGAUGGAGGAGAUGAAGAAGAAGGAGGAUCACCUGGAGAAGGAGAUGGCGGAAGUGCUGCUUCAGAACAAGAGGCAAACAGAGCCCCUGCAGCGGGCCCGGGAGGAGGUGGCCGAGCUGCAGAAGAAGCUAGCCCACUACGAGAAGGACAAGGAGGCACUGGCUAACACAAAGGCCCGUUUGAAAGUCACCCAGAAGGAAUUAAAAGACCUUCAGUGGGAACAUGAAGUGCUGGAGCAGAGGUUCAGCAAGGUGCAGGCAGAACGAGACGAGCUCUAUCAGAAGUUCACCAAAGCUAUUAAUGAGGUGCAGCAGAAGACUGGCUUCAAGAACCUGCUCCUGGAGCGCAAGUUGAAGGCCCUCUCCAACAUACUGGAGAAGAAGGAGGUGCAGCUUAACGAAGUCCUCUCAGCCUCCAAUCUCGACCCCAGCGCCCUCACCAUGGUCACACGCAAACUGGAGGACGUGCUGGAUUCCAAGAACAACACCAUCAAGGAUCUCCAGUAUGAGCUGGCCCGAGUCUGCAAGGCACACAACGACUUGCUGCGCACCUAUGAGGCCAAGCUCACAGCCUUCGGGAUCCCCCUGGACAACGUGGGCUUCAAACCACUGGAGACCACAGUGAUGGGACAGACGCUGGGGCAGGGCCCAGCCGGACUCGUUGCUACUCCAACCUAG